AUUAGGGUUUUCAAAAAAGGUCGCAGGCUCAUAUAUAAAGAAAGAAUAACCUAAAACCUCAGCUUUCUGCAACUCUCCCCUCCAAGAAAUGGGUAUUUUCAGGUUUCAUCAAUACCAGGUGGUCGGUAGAGCGUUGCCUACCGAGUCCGAUGAGCAACCAAAGAUUUACCGGAUGAAGCUCUGGGCCACCAAUGAGGUUCGCGCCAAGUCUAAGUUCUGGUACUUUUUGAGGAAGCUCAAGAAGGUUAAGAGGAGCAAUGGUCAAGUUUUGGCGAUAAAUGAGAUUUAUGAGAAGAACCCAACCACAAUCAAGAACUAUGGUAUCUGGCUGAGAUACCAAAGUCGAACUGGCUAUCACAACAUGUAUAAGGAAUACAGAGAUACCACUCUGAAUGGCGGAGUUGAGCAGAUGUACACCGAGAUGGCCUCUCGCCACAGGGUGAGGUUCCCUUGCAUCCAGAUUAUCAAGACAGCUACUAUUCCAGCGAAGCUGUGCAAGAGAGAGAGCACAAAGCAGUUUCAUAAUUCGAAGAUUAAGUUCCCUCUGGUGUUUAAGAAGGUUAGGCCACCAACUAGGAAGCUCAAGACCACAUACAAGGCUUCCAGACCUAAUUUGUUUAUGUAAUUCGUCUCAUGAGUUCAGUGAAAAGAGAUCAAAAUUCUACUCAGUUUUGGAUUUUAUAUUUGUUGACUUCCUCUUUUCGUUUUUGGAUCUUACAUUCUAUGCUUGGGUAUUUAACUUCAUGCGGAAAUGACUGUUUCUUAAAAAUGUUAUUUCACUUGUCUACUAAGUUCAUUUAA